AUGCUGAAUGAUUUUUUAGCUUCAGAUUUUGUUGCUUUUAUUAGCUGCACAGCCGUUUUCCACGAGUUAAGAGAUUUGAGUAGGUUAUAUUUGACUGCGUGUGUUAUGUUUACAAGGAGAUCUUUGAUCGUCUUUGAGUGGUCUAUAAGUUCAAGCUGAGUUGUUGGUUUACUUAAUACAGUAAAUACAGGUCGAUUCCUAGGUGCUGAUCUUACUUUGACAGCUUUUGUCUUUCUCUUACCUCACAUGAUCUAAAUUUUAUAAAAAAAAUUUUUUUGUUUUUUUAAUAUUUGAUAAUUAUUUUAUUUUUUGAAUUACUUUUAUAGUAAUAAGUUAGCAAUUACAGUAUUUUUCUUAUGAUGAUUAACUUUCCAUUUAUUUAUAACUUUUUGGAGAUUGCCUCUGAAAAUUCUGGCUAAGUUCAAAAUAGUUUUCUUCAUCAUUUCUUUUUGGCUGUCAUUUAAUUCUUCUAUUUCCUCAAUUAUUACAAUUGGCUUUGACAAAAUUAUAUUUAUAGAUGAAUUUACAGAGGAUUCUUUUUCUAUCGUAGUUAUUGGUUUUGUUAGGAGACAAUAA